AUGUUUGGUAUAGGUAAUACUAUUGGAGCUGGUAUUUUUGCACUUAUCGGUCUUGGCUCUAAAUAUGCAGGGCCAAGUUUGUUCCUUUCAUUUCUUUUUUGUGGAUUGGUAUCAUCAACGACUGCUCUUAUUUAUUCCGAGUUAUCAGCAAAGAUGCCAAGUUCUGGGUCGAGUUACUCAUAUGUUUAUAGCACUUUUGGAGAAUUACCAGGCUGGAUAGUUGGCUGGAAUUUGAAUCUAAGAUAUGGAAUAACUGCAGGGGCUUUGUCUCGUGCUUGGACUAGUUAUUUUGUUGGUUUAUUGGGAGCAAUUGGGAUAACACUUCCAAAAGUAUUGUAUUCCAUUUAAAUAUACAAAUUUGACGCUUCAAUAAUGAGUGUAUUGUUUAUCAUUAUCUGCACAAUCAUCAUGAAUAUGGGAGCAUAAUCUUCUAACAUCUUUAACUAUUCCAUAACAGUUGGAAAACUUGUAACAAUUGUCCUUAUUGUCAUUGUUGGUUUAACUUAUUUUGAUAUUAACAAUUUUGAACCUUUUAUUAUUGAGGAAAGUGGUGGAAUCUUAGGAACUAUCUAAGGAGGAGCACUGACAUUUUUAGCCUAUCUUGGUUUUGAUUUUAUAACAACUCUUUCUUAAGAAGCAAAGAACCCUAAGAAAGAUUUACCUCGCUCAAUUUUACUUACUGUCGGAAUAUGUACAUUUAUUUAUUGCAUUAUGUCAUUUUCAUUGGCUGGUGUAGCAAGAUUAGACAAACUUUAAGCCGAUACAGCAAUAGCUCUAGCUUUUGAAAUUGUUGGAAAUAAGUGGAUGGUUUUUAUAAUAUAUUUCUCAGCUUUCUUUGGAUUGACUGCGGCUACAUUUGCUCCUCUAAUGAGUCAACCCAGAAUCCUUAAAGCCUACGCAGAUGACGGCUUGUUCUUCAAGAUUUUUUCAAAGAUCAACCCAAAGACUUAAGUUCCAACUGAAGGAUCCGUAUAUAUUUGCAUCUUUGUCUGUCUAGUCUGUUUCUUUUUUAGCCUAGAGGAAAUGUCUAAAACUAUCUCUCUCAGUAUUCUUUUGUCCUAUUCUGUUACCAACGCUGCCUGUAUCGCUCAACGAUUUAGAGAGGAAACAACGAAAGUCUCCAAAUAUGAAGUUUAUAUUUGGUCCUUCUUUGUUUUGGCAUUAGCUUUUUCUUUCUCAGUGUCAUUGAGCUGGUCUAUCUAUAUCACGACUAGCCUUGGAUCUUUAACUCUAAUUUUGAUGAUUUAAUUAAUGCUCAUACCUUAGAUUAGUAUUCCAAAAGAAACUUUCAGAUGUCCCUUUGUUCCAACUAUUCCUUGCAUUGGAAUGAUUGGUAAUUUCAUGCUCUGCUGUUAAAUGGAUUACAUGACUUGGGUAUACUAUUUCAUUUUUAAUGCAAUCGGAAUAUGUUUCUAUGUUGGAUAUGGCUACAGAAAUAGCAAAUUAAAUAGAUCUCAAAUUGGUUAAAACUCAAAAUCAAUUAAUUACUGA